AUGGCGGGCGCGGACGCGGGGAAGACGACGUUUGGAUUCGCGAAAAAGGCGGCGAAGAAGAAGACCGUCGCCGCGAACGGCGCGGAGGAUGACGUCGCGAAGAAGGAGUACCUCACCGGCAUGGGCAGCGGCGGUCUGGAGCUCAAGGAUAAGAAAGAAAAGGUCGUGAAGUCCAUCCCCGCGAUCGCGAACACGUUCGAGGUCGGCACCGGACGGCAGAGGAAAGCCGCGGGGCAUCGCGCGCCGAGUUUUCUCCCGAACGACGCCGCGAUCGAGGAGGACGCGGAGCGAUUCGAAGUCGCCGCGCGGUUGACCGCGGGCGGCGGGGAGACCGCGCAAGGGAGCGGCACCGUGUACGGCCUCACGAAGAUGGGCCCGAAGGACGGCGACGUCAAGCUGGAGGACGACGAGAAGCCGCCGCCGCCCGCGAACGAGUCGUUCAUCGGGAAAUCGCUGCAAGAGAAGGAGCUGCAGGCGUUCCGCGAGGACGUGCAGGACCUCCCGGAGCAGGCGAGUUUGGAUGAUUACGAGAGCAUGCCGAUCGAGGACUUCGGCGCGGCGAUGCUUCGAGGGAUGGGGUGGGAGGAAGGGAAGCCUGUCGGAAGGAACUCGAAAGGGUUAGUCGCCGCGGUCGAGUUCGUCCCGAGAGCCGGCCGGCUCGGACUCGGCGCGGAGCCCGCGCCGAAGCCGGAGGUUUCCGACGCGCGACGGAUAAAGCCCGGGGAAACGCGCGAACGCGCGGACGUGAUGGUCUUACCGGAAGGCCCGGAGGGAAAGUCGCGGAACGUCAAGUCCCUGGACGAGAAGCUCGUGAAGAGGGAAGAGCCUGGGCCGAGAGAGGGCAAGAUGAUGUGCGUCGUCGAGGGGCGGCACCGCGGGCUCGAGUGUCGCGUGUUGACGCUGACGAAGAGCGAGGGGCGAAGCGAACGCGCGCAGGUCGAGCUUAAAACCAGCGGCGAGGUCGUGACCGUGCGCACGAGCGAGCUCGCGGACUUUGGGUCCGGCCCCGCGGAUCGAGCGAUGGGGAUAGGCCGCGGCGGCGGCGGCGGCGGCGAUACCGGCGGGAAGAAGCGCGAGAGGACCGGCGGCGGCGGCGGCGACGAAAAAAAGGAGAAGCGAAAACGCGAGGAGCCGCCGCCGUGGCUGUACCCCGCGAUUCGCGUCCGGAUCGUCUCGAAGUCGUUCCAGAGCGGCCGUCUGUACCUCAAGAAAGCGGUCGUCGUCGACGUGGUAUCCCCGAGAGAGUGCACGCUGGAGCUCGAGAACGGCGAGGUGUUGUCGAACGUGCCGCAGCGCGCGUUGGAAACCGCGCUUCCGAAGCGCGGCGGACGCGUCGCCGUCCUCGCCGGCGCGCACCGAGGGAAGCGAGGGAAGCUCCUGGAGAAGUCGGGGGACGCGGGCAGCGUGCAGCUGAACGACGACUUCAGCGUGCACUCCCUCUCGUUAGACGCGAUCGCGGAAUACACGGGCGCGAUCGACGAGGAGGACUAGUUAGAGGCGGACUUUUUUAGUUUGGAAAAAUCAAACGUU